UCAGACGUACGUGAGUCGAAAAUAAUAUCUAUCUACACAUUGAAUAAAAAUCCAACUUUCCGAAUAUCAAAAGGACAGUGUUGAAUAGUCGUGAGUGAUUGAAAAAUUAUGAGUGAGCGUUGCAAAAUUCAACAUUAACUCAAUGGCUCCAUAAUCGGUCAUUUACUAUCAGUGCAUACGCCCUUAUAUAGGUGUCAAAAUGGACGCCGAAGCUGCUCUGUUGGUGACAUCACCCACACUCUCGACCAUCUCCUCUGAUCAAAUUGAUCCGAGAUACACGGAUCGUGAAUCCCCAUAUUCAGCCGACUCACCAAUCACAGCAAAACCGGUAUUCAGGAAGAUCAGGGAGGAGGAGAUUACACCAAAGCCGACACCCAGACACUCACUGCUACCGAGAAAGCCAGAAUUUCGGAUACGACCGCCAUAUCUUAUGAUAUGUAUCAGUAUCAUUGAGAUCAGUGUUCACUGCCUGAGUGAUGAAGCUGUACUUCGCAGAUGGUUGGUCUACGAUCCUAGGCAGCGUGUUCAAGGAUGGAGAUUCGUAUCUUAUAUGUUAUUACACUCGAAUGCACUUCACUUGACUUUGAAUGUUGUAAUUCAAAUGGUAUUAGCGACUCCACUGGAGGUGGAACAAGGAAAAUUGGCAGUUGCAACGAUUUAUCUUGGCGGUGGUAUUUGCGGUGCCCUAGGAGCAUCUUUACUCCAGCCAAGUCUCUAUCUUGUCGGAGCAUCUGCAGGCGUUUACGCUCUACUUACCAGUCAUCUGGCACACCUUUAUCUGUGUCACGGUGAGCUACGAUAUGCCAGUUGGCGUCUGGUAACUGUUCUACUUCUUGCUGGUGCGGAUGUUGCAUCGUUACCCGUACCAGCAUUGCUCGGAUGUGGCCGAGUUGGUUGGGCAGCGCAUGUCGCGGGUGCACUGGCAGGGCCACUACUUGGAUUAGCCGUAUUCCCGAAACAAAGCAAAAAGGAUUCGCGUGGUCGUAGAUUUGUACGUUUUGUUAGAUUUUUAAGUGCUGUUAGUGUGAUGCUAUUAAUCAUUGGCGCAAUAUUGGGUAAUGUGUAUCUCAUCGCACUGCCACAAUUGCAUAAACCCUCCUGACAACGAAUUCAAAAGCUCAUAAGGCUGUGUAAAAAAUCAUUUCUCAUGGUUAAAAUACGGGAAAGUGCUGAGAAAAUUUUCGAGUAGUUUAUGAGAAGUAAACGAUUGUUGAGGAUUAAUUGGGUAAAUUUUCAAGUGAAACGACAACCCUAAUGGACGAAUAAGCGCUCGAGAAUAAUUUUACCCAAUGGAGACGAAAGAAAUUUGAAUUUCGAAAAUUGCCUGACAACUCAUUUUGUUCCGUUGAACAAUGACAUUUCAUCUUUUAUUAUGGAAAAAUCAGAAUGACAAGGGAAAUCAAAUGUUAGCGUUGGGGUCUAGGGACGAAAUCCUCACGGAGAGAAAUACUCUAUUAAAAUUAGGUAUCUUUUCCAUAAUUCCGGAGCGA